AAUUGGACCACACCCCCCUCCUCCUCUUUCUAUAAGAAGCUGAACCUCCCUUUGGCCUUUGCACUUUGAAACCAAUUCACACAAGCACAUUCCCUCAAAAACCCUCAUUUGACUUGCAAAAACUCAGCACCAGUCAAAGAGAAAAACAAAAGAGAUUGUAAAGAUAUGAAGAUUGUGAGCAAUUCCACCAUGGCAGGCAGCAAGAGAAGGCUUUCUUCAAGCAAAGGACUUGGAGGGGUCCUCAGAGAGCAAAGAGCCAGGCUUUACAUCAUAAGGAGGUGUGUGGUCAUGCUCCUUUGCUGGCAUGAUUAAUUCAAGUCCUAGCUAAAGUUUUAAACGUCCCAAUAGUCCAUGGCAUGAUGGGCAAGAAGAUUUUGGUUCCUUUUUUCUUCUUCUUAAUUUCCCCCCUUUUUUUGUAUCUUGAUCUUCUUGGUUGAGUGUAAAUAGCAGCAAUGUUCUUCUGUCAGGAAGUUGAAACAAAAUUUUGUAUGGGUUGGCCUUGCGGGGCUAGAUAUGUACAUCGGAUAGCAU